AUGGUGAAUGCAGAAAAGGAACCGAUUUUGAGUAGUUUCUUGUAUGCUAGUAUCUUGUCGCAUGACUGUUUAGAGCAAGCAUUGGGUUUCGUUCUAGCUAACCGUCUCCAGAACCCUACCUUGUUGGCGACUCAACUCAUGGAUAUAUUUUGCAAUGUUAUGGUACAUGACAGAGGUAUUCAAAGCUCGGUUCGCCUUGAUCUUCAGGCAUUCAAAAACAGAGAUCCUGCUUGUCUAUCGUAUAGUUCAGCUAUUUUGCAUUUGAAGGUUUUUGGAAUCGAUAUUCAUCCGGCUCUCAUAUGUGUUUCUUGCUCAGCUGCAAGAAUUGGGGAGGGAAUAUUGUUGGAUCAUGGAACCGGUGUCGUCAUAGGUGAGACUUCUGUGAUAGGCGACCGGUGUACAUUAGGAGGAACCGGGAAGGAAAUUGGUGAUCGCCAUCCAAAAAUAGGUGACGGUGCCGUCCUUGGAACAUGUGCGACUAUACUCGGCAACAUAAGGAUCGGGGCUGGAGCAAUGGUAGCUGCUGGUUCGCUUGUGUUGAAGGAUGUUCCUUCGCAUAGCAUGGUGGCUGGAAAUCCGGCGAAACUGAUCGGGUUCGUCGAUGAGCAAGAUCAGUCAUUGACAAUGAAACACGAUGCGACAAAAGAGUUCUUUCGGAAUGUAGCUAUUGCUUAUAGUGGAACAAUACCAAAUGGAGUUGCAGAGAAAGAAGACGUUAUUAAGAGAAUAUGA